CCCACUACCCCCCGCUAGUGCCACCAGAACCCAUUAAAUCGCUGAGCUCGGCCGGAGGAGACGGUCGUGUUUCUCGUCGUGUUACUACAGCGGACUCCAGCACGUGCACCGAGCCGCCAUGAGUGCGCUGCUUUUCUUUCUCCCGCCGCUCGUCUGCGCUCUGGCCGAGGCGCAGCCGUCCUCUGCCGCCGUGACGGAGUUCUACAUAGCCGCUGUGGAGAUCGGAUGGGACUACAUCCACCUGGACCACGAUGACCCUGCGUCUGACCAAAGGUGGAGGUCCAAAGAUGUUCCCCAAAAAUACAUCAAGGCUGUUUACAGGGAGUACACUGACUCCACCUAUACUGUUCCCAAGCCGAGGCCUGCAUGGGCAGGUAUUCAGGGUCCUGUGAUCCAUGCCCGGGCUGGUGACAAGGUGGUGGUCCACUUCAAAAACCUGGCCUCCCAGUCCUACAGCAUAGGUCCAGUAGGGGUGAGCUACUGGAAACAGUCCGAAGGAGCUGGGUAUGAUGACUCCACAGUGGGCCAGGAGAAGGAGGAUGACGCUGUGCCUCCUGGGGGAUACUAUGAGUAUGUGUGGGAUAUCAGCCCUAAAGACAGUCCCACGGCCGAUGACCCCGAGUGCCUGACAUAUUCCUACUCAUCCCAAGUGGACACGGUCCGAGACACCAACUCGGGACUCAUUGGAGUUCUGCUCAUCUGCAAAUCAAGUGCCUUCAGAGAGGACGGCCAGAGGAGGAGCCCAUACUUUGUGCUGCUGUUCGCUGUGUUUGAUGAGACCCACAGCUGGUAUGGCGAGAUCGGGGAGAGGAGGAGCAGGGAGAAGUUUAAGAAAAGCAGCAGAAGAAAAGACUAUCACACCAUCAACGGCUAUAUUGACUCUACCCUACCAGGUUUGACCUUGUGUAACGGUCGUGAUUAUGUGUUCUGGCAUCUGAUUGGAAUGGGCACAGCUCCGGAAAUCCAUUCCAUUCAAUUUCAGGAUCACACUCUCCAGGUGAUGGCUCAUCGCAAAGUGAACUUGGAGAUGACUCCUAUGACCUUCAUUACUGCAGAAAUGAAACCUGUCAAGCAAGGCCAAUUCCUCAUCAGCUGUCAGAUACAUGCCCACCAGCACGCUGGUAUGAACGCCAUGUUCACGGUGGAGGACUGCCCUAAGCCGGUCCCUCUGCCCGGGCCUGACCUACGUAAUGUCAAGCAUGAGGACUACGGUGAUUACGAAGGGGACUACGAUGAGGAAUACGCCAAUGGGGUCGAGGAUAACAUGUGGCACUAUCAGCCCAGGAAGUCACAUGUGGGAGCCAGGUCUGGCAGGGUUCAGCACAACUGGGUGCAUUACAUCGCUGCUGAGGAGAUUACCUGGGACUACGCUCCUCACUUGUCACCCACAGACAGUGAACUGCAAUCAGAAUACAUCCCCUCCGCUCCGCAUCGGCUGGGCUAUACGUAUAAAAAGGUGGUGUAUGUGGAGUACACAGACGACACUUUCACCCAAAGGAAAAACCCUGUCAUGACACUGAUGGGCCCACUUCUGAAAGGAGCGGUCCAUGACCAGUUCCAAAUUACUUUCAGGAACAUGGCCAGUCGCCCUUACAAUAUAUACCCCAAUGGCCUUGUAAGCAUCCAUCCACUAAAGCCAUCCACAAACGCAGAGGAAAGGGAUCUGCGUUCCAUGGGAGUGCCGCCUAACGGGACAUUUAGCUACAUGUGGAGGCUGACCACUGAAGACGGGCCCCUGGAGGGAGACCCCCAGUGCCUGACCCACCUGUACCAGAGCACCGUUCACCCAGAGAAGGACCUGGCCUCGGGACUAGUGGGCACCCUGCUCAUCUGCAAGUAUGAGGCCAUCGAUAUGAAGGGACGCCUGGUGGGCCCGGAUAAAGAGAGGAGCCUGAUGUUUGCUGUGUUCGACGAGAACAUCAGCUGGUACAUCGGAGAAAACAUUCAGCUGUACAGUCAGGACCCCUCCCAAAUCGACCACACCAAUCCUGACUUUUAUGACACCAAUGUUAUUUACAGUGUAAACGGCAUCAUGUUCAGCAGGCGCCAGUUUGUCAUGUGUCAGAGCGAUGUCACCUUCUGGCACGUGGCCAACGUGGGCACCCAGAGCCACUUCCUGUCCAUCUACUUCACAGGAAACCCCUUUAAAUACCACAACGUCUACCAGUCUGUCCUCACUCUCUUCCCAAUGACCAGCGAGACCGUUCCGAUGGAGGCAGAACUGAUCGGUGAGUGGGAGAUCAGUGCCUUCGACGGUAGCCUAAGGAGCCGUGGGAUGACCAUUCACUACUCAGUCCGGCCCUGUGACAACGGCGACCUCUUUUUGGUUGACAGUGAAGUUGACGACGGGGGGCUCGCAGACUAUCUUGACCAGAUAGUUCCCAUAGCACCAAGAGGCAGAAGGCCACAAAAUCGCACUGCAUCAGUUAGGUUGUGCAAGAAACCCCCCACCAAACAAAAUGCAACUGAAACAGCCAACAUCACUGGUAGCUUUGCUAAUGAUGUCACUGCAGGGUCCGGGACUGCAGAGCGAGAGUUAGAAUGUGAAGUGGAGGAGGUGGCGGGGACAUCAUCAUCACACGGGGACAAGGUCAGCACGUUCUCCAGCGGACAAAUUCCACUAGACAUCUUGGAUGAACUGGACCGAAAUGACGGGGAGCGGACAUCGUCUGUGGUCCAGGAUGGGGUUGAACCUGGGGGACAAGGGGGAGGGAGACGGAAACGACAGGUGGAUGAUGACAGCGUAGACAGAGAUGAGGAGGUUGGAGAAACAGACAGUGGAGAAGCUGGGAUAGAUGCAGUGGCAAGGGAAAAUAAUGGGCCCCUAGCGGAGCUUGCAGAGAGCGAUAAGAGCUUAAUGGAGAUAAAGUUGGAACCAUCUGAGACACAAAAACUAGAUCAAAAUCCAAGUCCGCAAAACCACAAAGACUUUGACGUUCAACCACAAAUAAUCGAGUCUCCUUAUCUGGAUUAUUUUAACUUUACUGAUGACAACGAGACCACUCCAGGGAUUGCUCUGUCUUUUGAUUAUGAUGACUACAGCCAAGAGCAGAACGACACGUUAAACAUGUUUGGUCAGGAUGAUCUGGACCUGCGUUCCGGAGACACCAAAUAUCGCAGCUACUACAUCGCUGCAGAGGAAGUCAUCUGGGACUAUGGGAUCAGACUGCCACACCAAUUCAUCAGACCCAGGGACAUGCGGCGCGGGAUGAGGAAGUUCCUCCCACAGUAUAAGAAGGUGGUGUUCAGGGCGUACACGGACGAGACCUUCCUUAAGCCUGUAACCAGGGGAGAGCUGCAAGAACAUCUGGGAAUCAUGGGGCCGAUCGUCAGAGCCGAGAUAAAUGACCUCCUCACUGUGACCUUCAAGAACAUGGCCUCCAGGCCGUACUCUUUCCACCUCCAAGGAGUGUAUGACCGGAGUCAGGGUGCCAGCAUCAUCCAAACCCAGGCCUCCUUUGCACCCGCUGGGGUCCCGGGAGAGGCCGUGCCCCCCGGGGAGACCCAGGUCUACAACUGGAGAAUAGCAAGGACACAAGGACCCACCAGUAAAGAGUUUGACUGCAAAGCUGGUGCCUACUACUCCACCGUGGACAAGGAGAGGGACAUUCACUCCGGUCUGAUCGGUCCCCUGGUCAUCUGUAAAGCCGGGACCCUCAACUGGCGUCUGAACCUGCAGCCUGACAUCCAGGAGUAUUGCCUGCUCUUUCAUACGUUUGACGAAACCAAAAGCUGGUAUAUAGAGGAGAACCUGCAGCAGUACUGCACCCCACCCUGCCACGCCAACCCCAAAGACCCCUUGUAUCAAACCACCAACAAGUUUGCAGCAAUAAAUGGGUACGUGUCGGAGACACUUGCUGGUCUUCAGGUUGCUCAGCACCAAGUGGUCCGGUGGCACCUCCUAAAUGUGGGGAGCGACAAGGAGUACCAUGCCGUGCACUUCCACGGCUUGCCGUUCAGCAUUCAGAAUGAACUAGAACAUCGAAUGGGGGUCUACAACCUCUACCCUGGUGUGUUUGGCACGGUGGAGAUGAGACCGUCCACGGUGGGCACCUGGUUGGUGGAGUGCACUGUGGGAGAGCACCAGCUGGCUGGCAUGAGGGCCAAACUACUGGUCUACAAUCCACGAUGUGUUUUGCCUCUGGGCAUGCAGUCGGGAAGGAUCAAGGAUUCCCAGAUUACUGCAUCGGAUCACAUCGGUAACUGGGAGCCAAGACUAGCUAGGCUGGAGCUGUCCGGUUCUAUCAAUGCCUGGAUGGGCAGAAACAGGAAGCCAUGGAUCCAGGUGGACCUCGAGAAGCCCACCCUGGUGCAUGGAAUCCAGACCCAGGGAGCCAGGGUCACGCUACGAGACCGUUUCAUCACCCACUUCACCAUCUCCUACAGCCUGGACAUGCUGAGCUGGAAAACCUAUCGAGCCAACAGCACCAGGCAGGCCUAUGUAAUCUUUAAUGGAAACAUGGACGGGUCCAGGGUGAAAGAGAACCGGCUUAUUCCACCAAUCGUGGGUCGCUACAUCAGGAUUCACCCAUUGAACAGCGGCAAAAAAUCUGCCCUUCGGCUUGAGCUGCUGGGCUGUGACCUCAACAGCUGCUCUCUCCCUUUUGGACUCCAGAGAAGACUCAUGAUUCCUGAUAGCAGAUUUGAUGCCUCCUCCCACCUGAAGACAUGGCUUCACGAGUGGAGUGCCUCCCUCGCCCGCCUACACCAGGAAGGACGCUCCAAUGCCUGGAGGCCCAAGAACAACAAUCCCCAUGAGUGGCUCCAGGUGGAUUUGGGGAAAAUACGCCGCAUCACAGGAGUGGUGACGCAGGGCGCGUGGUCGGUGCUGACUCAGAUGAUGGUUACGGAGUUCUCCAUCACCAUCAGUGAUGACGGACACUCCUGGAGCAGCGUACUAGAGGAAGAAUCACAGAGAGAGAAGAUCUUUACUGGAAAUAGUGACCCAGAUGAUGAGGCCUUCAACCUGUUUGAUCCUCCUCUGUUUGGACGCUACCUCCGUAUCCAUCCGCGGGGAUGGAUGAAUGACAUCGCCCUGCGUCUGGAGGUUCUGGGCUGUGAAACACUGCAGCGCCUCUGAGACCAACGGGCCAUGUGGCGCAGCUCUGAAAUCAGGCCGAACAAGACAUGGAAUGUGGAAUAUUUUUUUUUUGUAUCUAAAGGAUAUUUAACACAAGCUUUUGGAAAUGAAUAUCAUCACUACAAGGAGCAAUGUAGCUGGCUCCAUAUGUACUCUGUGGUGUCGUUUCUUUUUCCCUGUUGUACGUUUUAGAGGUUUUUACAUGUUGAAGAACCAGUCCAUUGAAAAUCACGUUUUCCAAUCUCGUAUUUUUUGACAGAUGGUUUGUUCAUGUAAAGUUACCCUAAAUGUAAGAACUCCUGUUGUGAAAAUCUGACUAAAGCCCCUCUAGAAACUUUCCUGGUUGUCAGCAUAAUCAAACUGUUUCAGAAAAAAAGUCCACUUCUGGUAUCCUCAUACCCUGAUUUGAUUGGACAGUCAACAAAUAGACGGGUUUCCUGUUUACAAACAUUACUGGGUGCGUGCGCAGCCAGGAGGCAAAACCACUUUGGUAGCACUCAAAAGAUUAAGAGAUGCAUAAUCUUUUGAGAGCUACCAAAGUGGUUCAACAAUGAAAAUGUUCAACAUUCCAAAGCUUUGGAAAGUUGAACAUUUUCCACCCAUCCUUUUGGCAGUUUGUGCAGUUUAUUGCACCACAACUGCGUGUCAUCUCUGCUGUAUCUGAGCUCUAUCUUGGUUAAAAUCUCUGUGCUGGAGCUGCUUUCUGCCCCCUAGCUGUGCACGCAUCUCUGUUAUGACGUUGCACGGAAACCCUCCUAUUGUCAUCACUGUGAGUUGCUAGCUACCUACUGUCAGCUAGCUAACAGUAGGUAGCUAGCUAGCGGACAGUUGGUAGCUAGCUAAUAGUAGCCACGCCCACGCAACCUCCUGAGAAUUGGCUGUGUUCAGGGAGAGUGUGCUGAAACAAUUCUUACAAAUCAAAUGGGAUACUUUUGAAACUGGAAAGAAAAUGACAUCCCUAACUUAAAUAUUCCACAUUAAAUAUUUUCUGACUAAUGUGAAAUUAUUGAACUGGAUCUUUAAACACAUAUGGCUAAUAUGUAAUAUAUAAACUCUUAAAUUGUAUAUCAGGGAACUUUUUGGCCGCAGUAUUGUUUCCUUGUUGAAUCACAAAGGCUUUUUUUUCACAUUGUGGAAUUGAAUCUUUAUAUCGCUCUCCACCCAGAAAGAAUGUAUGAUUUUUUUCCCCUUUUGACAGGAAAGAGUAAAUGUCAUGUUUUAAUGGAGGAAAGUCUGCUUACAGUGGCCAUAUAAAACAGCUGAUCCACUGUAUUUCCUUUACCAAGUCUUGUUAAACCCCCCCGACAGAACAGACCUUUCCAAAUGUGACCGUUUGUAAAUAUUCAGUUUUGUCUCUUUGAUGGAUGUAUAGAGUUUGAAAGAUUAUUGUGUCAUUGAGAGAGUUUGUUACUUUUUAUUGCUGGUUUGUUGUAAUUUUAAUAAACUUUGAAUUCUGUAACGUU